CAAACUAUUCGACUCGACUCUGAAGACUCCCGCCUCCAGCAUGCCCCUCUCGCGUCGCUUCUCGUCGUGGCGCCUGUCUUCUCAUCUCCAUCGGCGAGUGGUGGCUGUCUUGCCGACGCAAGCGGGCGUCGCUUCCGCCUCUCGCCAUCAAUAUCUGCUGGGUUCCUACCGGUUUACUGCGCUCGGCGCCAGCACGGCCCUCCCUCUCUUCACCACUCCAUUGCAGCAGCAGCAGCAGCAGCACCGCCGCCUCUUCACAAGCACCGACCAUGACGUCCUCUUGCAGCGGUGGCAGAAGAGGCAACGGAGGCUCAUCAGCAACUCGGGUGUGCAGUGUGUGAUGGAUCUGCUGAGGCGACGGUUUGUUGUAGAGAGGACCUAUGAGAUGGCCCAUGCGGACCUCGCUGUCCGGCCCUUUGGUGUGGGUGAAGAUCUGUGGCUACCGGUGCAAGUCAAGACAUGCGGGGAGAAGACCAACUACGGCUUUUGGUUCUUUAAUGGUGUUCACCAAUAUCCCGGCAUGGCGGUCGUCUGUGUGGCUCUUUCGGACUUCCGCAUCUGGUGCUACAGCGGAUCCAUACUGCAGCAGAGGGGUGGAUGUGGGAAACUCACUGUGUGUGAGAAUGGCAAGUGGGACCAUGAGAGCUUCCGGUGCUCCACAGAGCUUGAUGGGCCGGCAUCUCUGUCGCACAAGCUGCUGCUGGCCUAUCAGGACCGUUUCUUCAUCAAGGACUCGCUGACGAAUGUCACGAAGCGGCGCACAGAGACCAGCCGGAAGGGCGAGGCAUCCAUUGCCGCGUGGGCCCCGCUGCUGUAUGCUGCUGGUGUGGAGGUCCGUCAGGAGCUCAUCUACGAGAGCACACCUGUUGAUUCCGUCUGGCGGUGGAAUGGGAAGAAAUUCCUCAUUCAGCACAAACUGGCGCCCCUUCACUCCGGCAACAACAACGGCUCAUAUUGCGUCGUUCUUCGCAAGGGCGCCGGCAAGAAAGAAGGGCGCCGCAUCUUUCAGCUGUACGAUGGGGAUGACUUUGAUUUGCUCGCCGUCUCGCUGCCUGGUGAUCGCUACUUCAAUCUCAUUGCCAUGGAGGCGCCGGUGCACCGGGGGGUGGUGAACGGACACGGGGAGAGACGUCAGUGCACGAGCGCAACAGUUAUGUUAUGGACCCCAGAGGCAGAGGCCAUGCAGAGAGUCAGGGAGGAGAAGCGAGGCAGGGGCGGCAGGGCUGACUUUUGGGCGAAUGAGUAUCUGAUUGACACACAUGCAGAUGAUGGCGGGGUGGGGAGGCUGCAUGCUAUCCUUGAGGGUGCCAAAUGCUCGACAUGACAUUGUUUCUGGUGCUGAGUGCCUGGAGUCACGUGACACAUCCCGGUGUCUGUCACGUGUACAGCGUACAUCUUGGCGUGUGUGCAG